AAUGACAGACAAUGGAUACUGAAGAAGUUGGAAUGAUAAGAUUCAGGAGUGAGUAACUCAACCAGGAUGGGGAAAUUACACUAAAACGAGCAAUGCAGAAAACUUCCGAGAUGCAAGACGAGCGCACCGAGUACUACGCGUCGGGAAGUCUCCUGUUAAGUGAAUACAACACGAGCUUCACGUCGAACAGGACUAAUCUCUCUUGGAGUGACUUUCAAGAUCUCGUCGAUUUGGAUAAACCUGAUUUUAUGGGAGACGGAUCCGCGGUCCUGAGAAUAAUCAUCUCUGUAAUUUACUCGGUUGUGUGCGCACUGGGUUUAAUCGGUAACAUCCUCGUCCUGUAUCUCAUGAAGUCCAAACAAGCAUGGAAUAAGUCUUCCAUCAACCUCUUCGUGACCAGUUUGGCGGUCACCGACUUUCAGUUUGUUUUGACACUUCCCUUUUGGGCUGUAGAGAACGCCAUGGAUUUCACUUGGCUGUUCGGGAAGGCGAUGUGUAAGAUAGUUUCUUAUGUCACGGCUACGAACAUGUACGCCAGCGUGUUUUUCCUCACGGCUAUGAGCGUGGCGAGAUACUGCUCCGUGGCUUCAGCGUUAAAAAGUAGAAGACGUCGGCUGCGUUUCUCCGCGCAGUGGAUGACAGUCGUUAUCUGGAUAGCAGCUGUCGGUGCCGCUCUGCCGAACGCGAUAUUUUCAACAACCGCCACGGUUUCCAACGAGGAACUUUGUCUCGUGAAAUUUCCCGACCGGAGCGGAGACGCGCAAUUUUGGCUGGGUUUAUAUCAGGCGCAAAAGGUACUUCUAGGGUUCCUCAUUCCGUUCGGGAUCAUCACUAUCUGUUACCUGCUUCUCCUGCGCUUCAUUACUAACAAAAACGUGAACACCUCCAGUGCCAAGAGGCGAUCAAAAGUGACUAAAUCUGUUACUAUCGUCGUUUUGUCUUUUUUCCUGUGCUGGCUCCCGAAUCAAGCGUUAACAGCGUGGGGAAUCUUAAUAAAACUCAAUGUAGUACACUUCAGUUACGAGUACUACACCACACAAGUGUACAUUUUUCCAGUAACAGUAUGUUUGGCUCAUUCAAACAGUUGUCUCAAUCCCAUUCUGUACUGUCUGAUGAGAAGGGAAUUCAGAAAAGCGUUGAAAAAGCUGUUUUGGCAAAUCACAUCGCCUUCUGUCACGAACAUGAGACCGUUAACCGCCUCCACGAAGCCCGAGCAAGAUGAACACGGUCUAGUAAUGGUCCCGCUCAGUCGCGCGGAGCCCGCGCUUAUCUUUUAUCCUCCGGGGGCUGUCAUCUAUAACAGCAAAAACGACCCUCUGCCUAAUAGCACAUAACGCAAAGUUGUUGGUGUUGAGAAGUGCUUCAGACUCAGACUCAGACAAAAUGGCAAAUUAAUUAGUUUGAUGUUUGUAUUUUUCUCCCUCCACUAACGAAACUAAAGCGAAGACUAAAAGAGUCCCGGGCUGGAACACCUUGCAGAAGUAGAAGGGAUCCUCCUCAUUCUAAACGCUGUAAUCCAUUCCGGGUGUUACGUUUACACCCUCUCACUAAAACCCUUUAACUUUGCUCCCUGUUCACCUCUAAUAUGGACCUGUGAAAACAAUCUUAAAAA